CUAGUUACUGAAGAUCAAUGGGAGGAAUAGCAAGAGAAGUACCAGCAUCCCAAAACGAAAAUUUCGCGCCUAGAAGAUCAUCAGUAGAGACCAGUUUUCUUCAGGAAAAGUCCAACGUACCAUCUUCAGCUCCCGGAAGAUCUUCGAAAGAACUUAGGACAGCUCGCAAGCAUGUAUGGAUUCGUCAAUCAUGCUCUUGAACUUCUUAUUACACGCAACUUUGGGGAAGAAAUGUGGGAAACCAUUAAGAAAGAGGCAGAGAUAGUGAUGGAAGGACAGUUUUUGGUGAGAUUAAUUUAUGAAGAUGAUAUCACUUACAGUAUUGUUUUUGCUGCUCAAAAAUGUCUUGGAGUUAAAGCAGCAGAUAUUCUGGAACUCUUUGGACGAGCGUUUUUUGAUUUCUGUCAAGAAUCCGGAUAUGAUAAAAUUCUACAAGUGCUUGGAUCAUCUCCAAGAGACUUUUUGCAAAAUCUGGAUGCUCUUCACGAUCACUUAGCAACUAUUUAUCCAGGGAUGCGAGCACCAUCUUUUCGAUGCACAGAACGGCCAGAAGAUGGCACCCUUAUUCUGCACUAUUAUUCUGAAAGAGCAGGACUCGAACCUAUUGUCAUAGGGAUUGUAAAAGCUGUGGCAUCCAAACUUCACAAUACCGAAGUAGAUGUGGAAGUUGUCCAAACAAAGGGUCCAUUGUGUGACCAUGUACAAUUCGCUAUCAGAGAUAGCAAUGCAUCAAAUAAACAAUGCGAGCAAGAAGCUGAAGAGCUGGACACCUUGUCUAUGGAAAAUAAAAUAAGUCCUUCGACUUUCUGUAGAGCCUUUCCAUUCCAUAUCAUGUUUGAUCGUCAUCAUCUUGUGCGCCAAGUUGGGACAUCAGUUGCAAGAGUUUUACCGGCUCUGACUACACCAACUUGUAAAGUUACUCAACUUUUCAAAAUGGUCCGCCCACAUGUUAGUUUCACUUUCAACAACAUUUUAGCCCACAUAAAUACUGUAUUCGUUCUUACAACAGUAGGGAGUGAAAAUAGUGAUCAAAGCAUGAGACUAAAAGGCCAAAUGCUUUACCUACCAGAAACAGACCAUAUGCUCUUUUUAUGUUCACCAAGUGUUCUCAAUUUGGAUGAUUUGAAUAGAAGAAGCCUCUACCUCAGCGAUAUUCCAUUACACGAUGCCACAAGAGAUUUGGUUCUUCUUUCCGAACACUUCGUUGCAGAAUAUAAGUUAACAAAGAACUUAGAAAUUCUUACUGAUAAACUUCAACAAACCCACAGAGAAUUGGAAGACGAGAAACAAAAAACCGACAAGUUGUUGUAUUCUAUACUACCACCUUCAGUUGCAAAUGAUUUGCGACAUAAUAGACCAGUACCAGCCAGAAAAUAUGAAUUGGUGACUAUCCUUUUCAGUGGAAUCGUUGGAUUCAGUCAAUAUUGUGCAAAUCAUUCGGAUUCUAUAGGCGCAAGAAAAAUUGUACACCUUCUUAACAACAUAUACACUACUUUUGAUGUACUUACUGAUCCAGUAAAGAAUCCAAACGUAUACAAGGUUGAAACUAUAGGAGAUAAAUAUAUGGCAGUUAGUGGAUUGCCUGAACCUUGUGAAAGUCAUGCAAAAUGUAUCGCACGUCUUGCUCUCGAUAUAAUGGACUUAUCAAAGGACGUUGUAACGGAAGAUGGUGAUUCAAUUCGCGUCACCAUUGGAAUUCACAGUGGAGAGGUCGUUACAGGAGUUAUUGGAAAACGUAUGCCUCGUUACUGUCUUUUUGGAAAUACAGUGAAUCUUACGAGCAGAACUGAAACAACCGGUGAAUCUGGAAAAAUCAAUGUUUCAGAAGAUGCCUACAAGUAGGAAACUAUUUCAUUCUCAUUUCGAUCUCUUAACUACUCAAACAAUGAAUAAUAAAAUCAU